UGCUCAGAGCACAUGGGAGUUGAGUGAAAAAAGGAAGCCACGUUUACACAAGAAGUGGUUUAUGUUGGGUUUUUUUGGGUUUUUUUUUGGUGUCCUGGGACAUUAAGGUCACGUCGACAACAGUCUGCUAGUUCAGACAGAUCAGCUGAAGCGUCAACAGUAAGGUCAUAAACGCCACAUCAUCUGCCAAGAUGAGUGUUGGAUUCAUCGGAGCAGGCCAGCUGGCUCAUGCACUUGUGAAAGGUUUCACAGCUGCAGGUGUGAUUGCAGCCAACAGGAUUACAGCCAGCUCCCCGGACACAGACCUGGCCACGGUGACGGGGCUGAGGAAAAUGGGGGUGAAUCUGACCACGAGCAACAAAGAAACCGUUAACAGGAGCGACGUGCUGUUUCUGGCUGUGAAGCCCCACAUUAUCCCCUUCGUCCUGGAUGAGAUCGGACCAGACAUCGAGGACCGUCAUCUCAUAGUCUCCUGUGCUGCAGGUGUUACCAUCAGCUCCAUAGAGAAGAAGCUGCUUCAGCACCGUUCAGCUCCCAGAGUCAUGAGGUGUAUGACCAAUACCCCUGUUGUGGUGCGAGAGGGAGCUACUGUGUACGCCACUGGAACACAUGCAGAGGUGGAAGAUGGGAAGCUGCUGGAGCAGCUGAUGGCUAGUGUUGGUUUCUGCACAGAGGUGGAGGAGGACCUAAUUGAUGCUGUUACUGGACUGAGUGGCAGUGGACCCGCCUAUGCCUUCACAGCCCUGGACGCUCUUGCAGACGGAGGUGUGAAGAUGGGUCUGCCCAGGAGGCUCGCUGUCAGAUUAGGAGCUCAGGCUCUCUUGGGAGCUGCUAAGAUGCUGCUGGACUCAGAGCAACACCCUGGCCAGCUGAAGGACAACGUAUGCUCACCAGGGGGCGCCACCAUCCACGCCCUGCACUUCUUGGAGAGUGGUGGUUUCAGAAGCCUCCUGAUCAAUGCAGUAGAGGCUUCGUGCAUCAGGACAAGGGAGCUGCAGUUCCUUGCAGACCAGGAGCGCAUCUCUCCAGCAGCCAUUAAGAAAACCACUCUGGACAAAGUGUUGCAGCAGCCCGGAGUCACAGUCAGCGGAGACGCCAGCGGGAACAGCAGGUCGGGCCUCAACCUGUUCAACAAUUGCACAUCUGGGAUCAAAAAGAAGAACUGAAGGCCAAGAGAGGAACACAGACAUCUUACAGGUUCAGGUCUAAACACAUGGACUCGCAUAGGUCUCCAACAGCUGCCUAGCCAUAGAAUGAAAAAAUAGACUCAGGACUGCUUUGAAAUCACCAACAAAUCAAUUUCAAGAGUAAUUUAUUCAUACAUGAGCGAUGAUUAGAUGCAUUUCACACAAUAAAGGGUGUAUUCUGCACAGUUACGCCCAGUUACUGUGAUUAUAGUAUCACUGCAAACAUGAACAGAUCCAGUUAGAAGCAGAAGAGCAACCAGAGGUACCAUAGCUGCUAACAGUUAUGGCCUAGUUAGCUGUCUUUUAAACGUUAAAGCUCCAUUAUGUACCAUGUUUUAUUCAGGUAGCUAGUUUUGGCAUAAAGUUAACAAAGACGGAACACAUUUUUGAUCAUCCCAGGAUCUCUGUCCGGGAUUUUAUCUCCUGUAACAAAAACAAAGAUGUUGUGUCUGUAACAAUAAUUUUAGUCUUCUUUCCAUCUCUCUGUAAACCACUUUUCAAAUUUUAUCAGAAAAUGUGAUGUAAUUGCCUGGAAGUGCUACAAUAAAGCUUAAAUAAGCAACGUAAAAAGCAGA